CACAUAAAAGCACACAAAAUAAACAACAAGAAGCUAGAGAGAAGGAGAGAGAGAGGGGGGGAUUUUGCUGUUCAUUUCAUCAUCGGGAGUUCGCCGGAGUUUAUGGUUGUUUUCCGGUGAGGGUGGAUUUGAUUUGACUUCCGGAGGUGAAGAGGAAUCGCGAUUCAUUUUGGUGAGAGAGUUUGUUUUCAUGAUUGAGACGCAUGAUCAUGGAGAAAAGCAGAGAAGCGAGGAGUUCGUCGAGUAUAGUGGCCGCAAAUGGAUCCUCACGGCGACGUAGUAGAGCUACGGCCUUCAGAGAUUUACCUGAGGAAGGUCAGGUGGAGUUGCAAGAAACGGUGCGGUUAAGGGAGAGAGGAGGGAAGAGAGGCCGGGAUCGAGAGUUUGCGAGUCGGAGCAAGCGGAGGAGAGGAGGAGGAAAUAGAGAAGAAGAGGUGGAGGAGGAAGGAGGAGAUACUAGUGCUGAAGAUAUUGUUGCUGAUGGAGACAGCGAUGAGGUUGAAGACGGUGGAGGAGUUUCUCUUAUUCUCUCUUCUACUACAGCUGCUUCGGCUUCGAAUCAGAACCAGAAGAGGAACUCUCUUCCGCCAAGAGUUGCGAAGCAACAAUGGAAGGUUGUCGAUGACGCGAUGAUUGGCGUUCCGGUUCCGAGAAAGGCUCGCUCAGCUUCUGUCAAAAGAUCACAUGAUUGCACGGUUUCAGGAAAUAGUGGUGUUGGUGGAGCCGGAGAAGACAUUGCAGACGACCACAGCCAUCGGAACCAAUCCGAUUCGCCAGCGAGGUCGUCUGCUGAGGUUGUUUCGCCCUCGACUUCCGUUGUUUCGUCUAAGAAGAAGAUGAAAUCCUCUGGACCGAAGACUCGAUCAAUGAAGACGUCUAAGGGUUCUUCUCCGUCUGCCAUGGAGGGUGAUAUUGAGAUUGAGAUCGCUGAGGUUCUUUUCGGACUAAAAAAACAACCACAGUGCUCCAAAAAGCAAGAGGUUAAUAUGAAACUAUCAUCGAACCAAGAAACAGAGGAUUCCAGUGUUCUUCGUGACGGUACCAAGCCUCCAGUUACAUCUACAGCGGCGAACUCUGCACAAACUGCCUUCCAAAAAUCUGUUUCGCUUCAGAAGAAUGAUGCUAUUUCAGAUUUGUUACUUAAUGUUGCUGUAGAGAAGACCGAAUCGUUGGAUAGUGCAGCUAAAGCCGAAUCUGAGAAACCUGCAGAGAUUGAAAUCUACCCCUCAAAGUUGGGAGGAGCAUCCGAUUUUAGUAUGAAUCUUGGUUCCCAUGAACGCAAAACUGAGGAAAUGAAACCAGAAAAGGAAGUUUGCACUAGUGGAGAUGAAAAUAAGGAGAGCAAGAAAACUGUGUUGGUACAAGAAGAUGUAACUUCAUGCGUCAAAAGGGAUGUUGAUCCUGAAGAUUCGCCCCCUACUAAUUCGAUUCCAGAGGCUGAGACACAGAAAGAAGAUAAGUUCAAAUUUGACUUGAUGGCUCCUCCAGCAUCUCCAGAAAGGGAUGGGUUGGCUGAUAUGGUAUUAGAUGCUAAGCCUUUGAGUCUGGGAAUUCAAAUGGGGAAAGAGACUUCAAAUAAGGCUGAAAAUGAAGAUAGCAUAGUGACAAGUGGGACAAAGUUUGAAUUCUUUAAACUGGAUUUGGAGAAACCGCAAUUAGAUAGAAAUAGCAUCGCAAUGCAAGAACAGAGUCAAAAGCAGCAACCUAAGGGAGCCGCCGGCACAGUUGAAAAUAAUGACUCUUCCGCUUCAGUGCGCUUGCCCGUAGUUCUGGGUGGCUGGCCAACUACCGAAAUUCCUCCUGUCGGGUACAUGCCACCCUUCCGGACAGUUCUACCCGUGGAUAUUGUUGACAAAUCAUCCACCAAACUACAGCAUCCGAAAUUUAUACUCUCGCACCCUCGACCGAAGAGAUGCUUGACCCACUAUGAUAUUGCUCGAAACAUUUAUUUACACCAGCAAUUUACAAAGACGAACUAUUUCCACCCAGCAGGGGAUGCUUCUGCAUCUCUUGCAGAGGCCAAACUAAAAAACAUGUCCUCAAUAGAAGGCAUGAUUUUGAGUAACCCAUUGGGCGGAAAUCAUUUGGAUAUGAACCUUAACUCUGCUCGACAGAAGGAGCAAGCUGAAGGUGACUUUCCUGGUAAUGUGGUAAAUGAAAAAGUUCCCGAGGCUGCCUACUUGGCUGAUAUGGCUAAAAGCAAGCAGCUUGUAUUUCAGCAGGGACAGGGAGCGUCGUUUGGUAACUCGAUGCCUGGUUCUGGAUUCAUAUUCCCUAUCAGUCAGCAUCAAGCACCGACAGCAGCCACCGCAAAUCAAUCUGGGUCCACCAAAUCUUCUAACCAAUCGACACCACUGUUCACUAACCCAGAAGCUGGAACACUUGUGAGCUUUCCAGCAUUUCCUGCUGUAUCUAGUAACAUGAGCUACACUCCGAAUGUGGUUUCAAUUGAAGCUCCAUACUUGGGAAAACUUCAGAACAAUAGCUACCCAUUCACCUUCUCUACUCCUGCGGGAACGAGUGCUACAUAUAGAACAAGCAGUGCACAACCCUUGCCUCUUUUCAAUGGAUCUUUCUAUCCAUCUCAGCUGUUCCAUCCAUCCCAAAUUCAACCAGCACAAACUCAAUCUCAUCACCAACCAAGUGGCUCCCAUAAACAACCUCAAACUCAGCAGCAGCAAUGGAGUGUGCACGUACCCGGGAACAACGUACCACCAUCAAAUGGUAUGCAAGUAAAGCAGCAGUCGACAGAACAGCAUUUGCCACUGCCUAAGCAAUCUCGCAAGCAUGAGAAUGAGACCAGUGGAGAGGACAGUACAUCCCUUUCCGACAUGCGGCCAGCUUCAGUUCAGAAAAGUUCUUAUGGACAAAACUUCAUUUUGCCUGUUCCAGCACUGGAUUUCACCUUGAUGCCAUCUGGAACAUUUAAUAAUGGCAAUGGUGGAAAUAAUGGCGAGAAGAAACAGUCCCAUCCACAAAAUUUGAAGAGCACAGUUGCCUUAGUUCCAUCUCAGGGACUCACAAUGUCCUUUGCUUCAUAUAAUGGAAAUGGUACCCCAUCAAACCUCAACUUCACACCAACUGUCUUUCAGAAUCUUCCUGAUAUGCAACGUACAGGGUUUCAGGGAGCACCUGCUCCCCAAGCUACAAAGCAGAAGAAUCACCAAAUUUCAGAAGGGAGGAACGGAGUUGUUGUGUCCGGUACCAGUGACAGGAACACUGGAAAUUCUUCUGCAAAGCCGUCUGCAACUUCAGGCCAGACCCUUGUUUUCGGUAAUUCUUCAAGGACUUUAAACUUCAUGACAUCUUCUGUCCCUGUAAACUGGCCCUCCCCCUCCACGAUGAACCGACCUGCUGGUAGUUCUUCAGGUAACCAACAGCAGCACAUAUUGCAACAGCAACAGGCAACCGUGGUGCCUCGAAGUAAAGGACCGUCUAAUAAUAGCUUGCCCUCAUCGGCUACGACCAAGUUUCCUUGCAGUGCCCCUCCUGGUUUCUCACAACCUUUGAUACAAUGCGACAAUUCUAUCCAGUCUUCUGCACAGAAGAACUCGGGUAGAAUGGUCGGUACCGUUGUCCCUAUGACAUCUCUCCAUCUUGCUUCCUCCUCUGCAGUCCAUAAGAGUUCCACUCAACAGAAAGGAAAUAAUACUCCUCACGGCCAGACUCAGAUAUCCUUUGGGGGAGAUUUCAAGCCAGGUUUUACACAGAUGCAACACCUUCCAACUGGCGGUCACUCUCCAUCUAGCAGUGGAAAAUUAAGAAACACAACCAGUAAAACCAGUCCCUCAGUUGCUCCCGUCCAACCGAAACAGGAUGAAAGCUCAUCUACUGGAGCUGGCAAGAAAUCGUCUCCGGUGUGUGGUAGAAAUGUGCCUUCAAUCUUGAACACAUGCCCCAGUCAUCUAUCAGAACUUAAAUACUAGACCCUUUUUUUGUUCCAGCAGCUAUAGAAGCACUAACAUCAAGUUGAAUUAAUUCCAGCUCCUCCCCAUCAGAUAUUUUGAUGGAUGAUUCCAACCCUAGAAGUGGUGGCUGCUCAAUAUCAUUAUAUCUAUAAGCAAGACCAGUGGAAGAUGAACCAAACAUGGAAGCACCCAAAGAGGUUUGGUUUUCUUGAGAGAUGAUUCGUGGAACUCAAACCAUGAUAUGCUUUCCAAACUUGCCAAAGCACAUAAAGAAUCAAUUCGAUGAAGUGAGAGGCAUUACGAGGAUCAUAGGCUCGAAAAGUUUGCAACCACCAAGAUAUUUUGAUGGCACGAUUCACCAGAAGCAUGUCGAGGAGCAUAUCGACAAAUGGGCAUGGAUUUUUGUGGGAAAAAAAUCACAAAACUUGAAGUUUAACCCUCUAGUGACUUGGUUAGAUUAUGUAUAUUGUAAGUGAUUGCACAUUAUUAGUAGGGCCUAUUUUUUGGUUUAUAUAUUGUUUACUGCUAGACAUGUGAAUAUGAUAUUAUACUUGGAAAAAAAAACAGUGUAUUCAUUCUUUGCUAGGAA